AGUCUGGUGGGUGUGGUGAAAGGUGUGGCUUAUGUCACUAUAUCGAUUGAUUUAAAGAAACAUGUUUUUUCAUAUACCUCUGGAGCAUGAAAUCUUACUGCAUCCUCGCUACUUUGGCCCAAAUUUAUUAGAAACAGUAAAAAAGAAACUGUUCACUGAAGUGGAGGGGACCUGUACUGGAAAACAUGGUUUUGUGAUAGCUGUGACAACUAUCGACAAUAUUGGUCUUGGUAUGCUGCAGACAGGAAGAGGGGUAGCGCUCUACCCAGUCAAGUACAAAGCGAUUGUUUUCAGACCUUUUAAAGGGGAAGUCCUGGACGCACUAGUUAUUCAAGUUAAUAAAUUAGGGCUCUUCACCCAGAUUGGGCCACUAACCUGCUUUAUUUCAAGACACUCGAUACCGCCCGAGAUGGAAUUUGAUCCCAACUCAACCCCUCAUUGUUACAGAACAUCAGAAUCAGAUGUCCUGAUUCAGGAGGGGAAUUAUUUAAGAGUACGGAUAGUUGGUACAAGAGUUGACGCUAAUGAUAUUUUUGCUGUAGGAUCACUUAUGGAGGAUUAUUUAGGAUUAAUCAGUUAGAGGGUGUUCCAGUCCAUUGGACUUGUAACAUUAAUACAUGCACAUCAUAUCCAUAUUACUCUCCACUCUUGUAUGUCCUUCACAAUGUGUCACAGAUAAUAAUUCAUUUAAUUGAA